CAAUAUUUUAUAAUAUUUAAAGUUUUAACUUUAAGAAUGAACAUUUAUCACGAAUUCCUUAACAUUGUUAUAAUAGUGGCACUAUGUAUAACAUGCUAUACCUGUCUACACAUCCCUGCUCAACGGGAGGACAUAAACGUUUGUACAGAAUGUGAGGAAAUGAUACAAGAAAAUAUACAGAGAACGUUGAUCGACAUUCACAUGUCAAGUCUUUGUUUAGAGGAAAAUCAUGACCUCAGCCCUAUUCUGGGUGGUGCGAGAAAUUCAGAAAUUUUGACAACAAGAGAAGAACUGUAUACCAGCGUUCAGGGGUUCGUUCUCGAAUUACAGAUGAUACAGACCGCGUGGAGAAUACAUGUAAAUCGGGACCAAUGUCUGCAUCAUAACCUACAUAAACAGUUUAAAAAGCUUAUUUGUUUGUUGAGGGCAGCCAAUCAGAAUCUAGAGGACUGCAUUAUUUCGAGACAGUACCAAUCCCCUAGAUUUUUUUCAGACACAAUUGAUCGCGCGGAAAAUUUUGUCAGAGACGUUUAUUCAACUCUUAACGGAUACGUAUCAGGAUAGAAAUAGAUAUGGUAAAAAGCUAUUGUGUUCAGUAGUUUAAAAACGCAAAAAAAUGAUCAACUACUUUCGUUUGAACUCUGGAGAUUUUUAAUCUUCAAUUGUCGAGGACGUUAUUAUAUUUUAAAAAUGUAACAGUUUUAAAAUUUAUUAUGAUCGUUCUGAAAUACAGUCUCUUUUAAAACUGUAUUUCAAAGUUAAUUUCGUCUGAUUAAAUUUUACUUUGUUGAGAUGUUAUGUUUACAGGGUAGUUUUGAAACUGUUUGGGUCGGCAGAAUUUCUUUACUAUUGUAAGCGCUUAUUCUCAGGGGAAAAUAUAAUCACAUUGUAUUACUUAUCUUUUUUUUUUAUUUAAAUCACUUAUGUUAUGUAGGUUUCAGUCCGUGUACAAGAAUUCAUGUUUAUGUAAACUGUUAUUUUAAUGUCUUACAUCUUCAUAUAUAAUAAAAUCUAUUAUAUCAGUCAA